AUGAUUUCUUCGUUUCGACGCUUGCCCCCCAGGAUUUUAACUAACAUUAAAAUACAAAAACGCCUUUUCUGGUCUUUUUUUAUAAAAGAGAAAAAAGACAAAAAGUCAGCGGAAGCCCAUGAUUUAGUCACAUCUGUAAUCUCAAAAAAAUUAUUUGUGACGGACUUAACGAUAAAGCAAAUAUAUGAUGAACAUAUACAAAAAUUAGAAGCAAAGAAUAAAGAGAUGAUGAAAAUAUAUGCUGAUUGUAUACAGAAAUCAGAAGAACAUAAAGAGGAGAUAGAUGAUGAACACAAUUUUCUUGCUCGUUCAGAAGAAGUUUUUCAACUUCGAAGAGUCUGUAACGUCAGAUCAGCUUUGGAGUAUAUCCGUAGUUGGAAAGGUGAAGAUCCUCUGUUAUAUGAACCUGUCGAUAAAGUAUUAGAAAAGCUGAGCAAUGAUCAACGAUUUAAAGAAUGCCUCAUAAACACGUGUGAGAUGAAUAAUGUGAAUAUGGAAGCCGUGAAGAAGUGUAUAGGUGGGUUGUAUCAUACAUCAUCAAAGGGUUUGCAUGGUUAUUACAAAGUUGUGAUUUGUGAGAAGGACUGGGUGGUCAAUGAGAUAAUUGCCUUGGGUCUAAUUUUCAAAUAUUAUGGGAUCCCCUUCGACUAUAUGAAUAAGGAGGGACAUUUGGUGCAAUUUCCAUACAAGUUAGCAUCACGUUAA